GUUGGGAAGGGAGACAACGCAACAGCAUGUCAAAACAUGUACAUCAGCUGAAGAAAUGUUGAAAAUGACGGAUGAAGACGAUUCUUCCGUUGAGGAAAAUAUUUCAAUACGAGAAAUCGCACCAAGGCCUGUUCCAAGGGCGAAGCAUCCUUUCAUCACGCAUGUCAGGGAAGGAUACGAACAGUCUCGCACAGACCCCAUGCCCCGACAGCCAGGGGGCCAGCCGCGAGACAAUGUUGUAAAACUGGGGCAGUUUCCACCAAUCAUAUCACUGAAUGUUGGCGGAGUGGUGUACCAGACACGACUCUCCACACUUUUGAAGUACUCGGACUCCAUGCUAGCGGCCAUGUUCAGUGGCCGUCACGAGGUCGACCAAGACAAAGAUGGCCACUACUUCCUGGACACCAACGGUGCCGUGUUUGGCCACAUUCUGGAAUACCUCCGCUACGGGACAGUUCCGCCGUUCGACUUAUCCACCGCUGUCUACAGAGAUGCCGAGUACUAUGGCCUACACUCCAUGGUUGAAAAGCUACAGCUUCGACCUGAAAUUGCUUCUAUUAUCGUAAAAAAAUCCCAUCGAUCCCAGUUUCCAGGGUACCAAGAUGCCAAGCAUGACGUCAUCCGAGCAGCAGUUGCUAAUGCAUCGAUUAACAGAAUCGGUGAAGUAUUGAUAUGUGCUUUCAGAACAGAGUUCAAGGCGAAAGCUCAGAACUUUAACCCCUUCCACGGAUGCAUCGUGGAAUCAGCUCAUGUUAGUAUUGGGCCAUGGGAAACACAAGCUGACGAAGAAGUGUUUAUGAAAUGUCUGGAAAAUGAUCUCAUGGAGGAUGGAUUCAAUGUCAAGCCACAUGAGGGUAAACGGAAGUGUAAAUAUUACUAUGGACAAACCUGUCAGAAAUUUGUCUACAAGUUGCAAAUCAUAUUUUACCCAUUGGCACCAAGAACGUCUUCACUUGCUGCAUGAGCACUGUUCACUGCACCGGGGGGAACACCAUGAACGUCUCCACUUGCUAAGAGUGCACCUGUCAUUGCAUGGGGGAACACAAUGAACAUCUUGACUUGCUGCAUGAGCACCGUUCAUGGCACGGGGGAACACCAUGAACGUCUUCACUUGCUAAGUGUGCACCUGUCAUUGAGCGGAGAACGCCAUGAACGUCUUGACUUGCUAAGAGUGCACCUGUCAUUGCACGGGGGAACGCCAUGAACGUCUUCACUUGCUAAGAGUGCACCUGUCAUUGCACGGGGGAACACCAUGAACGUCUUCACUUGCUAAGUGUGCACAUGUCAUUGCAUGGGGAACACCAUGAACAUCUUAACUUGCUGCAUCAGCACUGUUCAUUGCACUGGGGGGAACACCAUGAACGUCUUGACUUGCUGCAACAGCACCGUUCAUUACACUGGGGGGAACACCAUGAACGUCUUGACUUGCUGCAACAGCACCGUUCAUUACACUGGGGGGAACACCAUGAGCGUCUUGACUUCUCCACAGAGAGAUUCAAGAAAAGAGUUGGUCCAAGUUCCCCAUCUUAUCAAAAGGGUAAAUGAGGUGGCAAGAUUAUUGCACUUAUGUAGCUACAUGCAUUCAUGUACGGGUACAUGUGCAUGUGUGUGGCUGCUUGUACUACUCUGGAUUAAUGCUGAUUUUACAGUGCUAGCCCACUAAGAUACCAUGCCGCAGUUUAACAUGGAUACCCUACUCAGACACAUUAGACUGACUCUGAACAGACCAGUCCUUGUUUUAGCCCCUUAAUGCCGAAUGCCAGGCUGGGUAACAAGAAGUGCCCUUUUUUAUUGUCAUUUGAUGUGUCAGGGUCCGGGGAACGAACCCCGGACCUUGUGCUCUACAGGCAGACACUCUAUCCUCUAGGCAACGGAGGUCUAUGAUAGAUUUAUGAUAAAUAUGUGAUUACAAUGUGUGACCCUAGUGGUUAUGGGUCAUCAUGCUAUGCUAUGCUCAUGCUAUCAACCACUAGUAUGCCCCGCCCAGACUAGAUGAUUUACAUGCUGCGGUGAUAUAAUGGUGAUAUUGCUGACUGUGGGGUAAAACAACAUGUGGUCAGUCAUCUUAAAAAUGGUCUAGAUUUAAAAAAAAAAAUAUUAAUGAAAGUGAGUCAAAAAAUGUUUUAGUUAAGGGAGCAUCCAUUUAAUUUCAGAGGGUGUUGGGUGGCAAGAUUUUUAAAAUGAAAAGUCCAUAAAUAUGCCCCAAAUGAAAAGGUUGGUGGCAGUAGUGAAAAAAAGGAAAAGUUUGUUUUGUGGAAAAUAUCCAAACGUCAUUUUUUGUGUUAAUAGUGAAAAUGAAUGGAUUGUUUGAUGGUGCUUAGGAAAUAAAUAGUUUGUCACCGGCAGGAUAAAAAGAGAUUGUUCUCAGACCCAUGCCCAAAAUCUUUUUGGUGCUCUCUUAUUAAGACUUCCAUGUCUCUAAGUUUACGAUAGUGAUAAGUAGACAAGCCAUCCACUGGUAGCCAUCCAAGUCUCGGUAAUGUCUGUAACAGAAGCAGGAUCCAAUGCUUCCGUUGUUUUGUUACUGUUCAUACAUGAUAUUUGUAGCUGAUGGCUGUGAAGAAGUUUUACUGCUUUUUGAUAAAAUCCCAUGAAUGUGUUUUAGUAAUACUGUUUUAUUCCAGAUUUGUUCUUCAGUUGAAUUAUGAUUUAUGAAGGAGCUAUACUGUUGUGUAGAUGUGGGCAAAGUGUACUUAAUGAGAGCCGUCAGCUGUGUAUGUACAGGAUGAUAUGACACUGUUAUGGAUAACGACUUUAUUAUUGUUUGUAGCAAUGUUUUAGAGCUACUUCAGCCCUCCAUCAGGUGAAUACUGAUUAAUUGUAUUGAGUUAAUCAUGUUCAUCAUGUUAAUAUAUAUGCCUGUUCAUCUCCCAUUUGUCAGAUACCCCAUUUGUCAGACUACCCAUUUGUCAGACACCUCAUUUGUCAGACACCUCAUUUGUCAGACUACCCAAUUUGUCAGACACCUCACUUGUCAGACACCCCAUUUGUCAGACACCUCAUUUGUCAGACACCCCAUUUGUCAGACACCCCAUUUGUCAGACACCCCAUUUGUCAGACACCCCAUUUCUCAGACACCUCAUUUAUCAGACACCUCAUUUGUCAGACACCCCAUUUGUCAGACACCUCAUUUGUCAGACACCCCAUUUGUCAGACACCUCAUUUGUCAGACUACCCAUUUGUCAGACACCCCAUUUGUCAGACACCUCAUUUGUCAGACACCCCAUUUGUCAGACACCCCAUUUGUCAGACACCCCAUUUGUUAGACACUCCAUUUGUCAGACACCCCAUUUGUCAGACACCCUAAAACAACUUUUAUAGUUGAGGGCACAUCAGGUGUGUGAUAUAUUCCCUUAAAUCCAAACAGACUGGUCCUGUCGUCAACAACUGUCUGACAACUGGUACAAAAGAAAACAAACUAUAUGCAAAUCAAUAUUUAUUCUUGAUAUAUUAUUACUUUAUACUUUGGAAUAUAUUGCUCAGUUAAAGAAGUUUUACACUUUAUACAUGAACUAUAAUACAUAACAUAUACAUAAUAUAUAAAAUGACCAUCAAUCAUUAUGAAAUAGUAAUAUUUACUUCCACAUCAAUGUCAGUGUACUGUCAGUCAUUCAAGCCAAAGUUGGAAUGUAACCUGCUGCAUCCAGAAAUUGCACUAUCUCACAAACUUCAGUGAAAACAAAUAUAGUUACAGUUUAACCAAGCCAUUAAAACUGCAAAGAGAUCUGUGUCAUAUCAAUAUGAGUAAAGGGGUGUUUGGCAGUUACAAAAUAUUCCAGUGUCUGACAACUGGGUGUCUGACACAUGGAAGGACCUCAAAUGCCUAUCAAAGACUUGUAUAUGUAUAAUAGAUAUAUACUGUUUGCUUGUUAUGUUUAUGACAAUGCUCCAUGAUUUAGUGCCCAGUCAGGAUUGGAAUUGGCAUGUUCCUUGCUCCCUGAGAUGGGACUGUUUAUGUAUGUAUGUGUUAGAUAUACUGUUGUAUACUAUUAUUUAUUGGUGUGUGAAGUGAUGUGUCUGCCAUCUUGUGAUGUGUAGCAGAAUUUUCUGACCAAGUUCAUCAUUAUUGUUACCGUUAUUUAUAUCAUUUAUAGACGUUCUGACGCCACAUUGUUAAGAUGUUUUAGUGUCACCAGUCUCCAAUGUAUGCAUAUAUUUUUGUCACAGCCUAGUUAUUUUGUAUUUAUAUUACAACUUUUCCCUAUUUUCAUACACUGGUAAUAUCAAAAAGUAAAUAUGUUCACAUCA